AAAGCUGGCGGCCUGGGAAGCUGUUAGCGGGCCGGGCGGAGAUGCAGCGGCGGCUCCGGGUGUCGCGGCGCGGGCCGGGCGGUGUGCGGGCCGGAGGCGGGCAAGGGCUUCCCGCCGCUGCACCCGCACUCUGCUGACGCCCCAGCCCUGCAGGCGAUCCCGGGUGGUCCCAGCUGUCGUCCCACUUUGCAGUCUCCACCCCUCCGCCCUUUGUGCCGCCGCCGCCUGGAGUCCCCAGUUCGGCGGGACCCGGAGAGCGCGGGAGCCAGAGGCCCCGCUGGGCGCACGGCCAGUAGCCGAUGGCGAUCACGGACGGCGGGCGCAGGGGCGCUGCAGCCCGAGCCCGCGACGUUGGAAGCCCGGGCCGUCUCCGCCGCAUUGUCCCGGGCUGCGAGCCCAGGCCCUGAGCUGCCGCAGCGCCCGCCCACCGCCACCCGCGGGGCCAUGCGGAGAGCAGCGGGGAUGGAGGACUACUCCGCAGAGGAGGAGGAGUCCUGGUACGACCAUCAGGACCUGGAGCAGGACUUGCACCUAGCUGCGGAGCUCGGGAAGACCCUGCUGGAGAGGAACAAGGAGCUGGAGGAGUCCCUGCAGCAGAUGUACUCCACCAAUGAGGAGCAAGUGCAGGAGAUCGAGUACUUGACCAAGCAGCUGGACACACUGAGACUCGUGAAUGAGCAGCAUGCCAAAGUGUACGAGCAGCUGGACCUGACGGCCAGAGACCUGGAGCUGACCAACCAGAGGCUGGUCUUGGAGAGUAAGGCAGCCCAGCAGAAGAUCCACGGACUGACGGAGACCAUUGAGCGCCUGCAGUCCCAGGUCGAAGAGCUACAGGCCCAGGUGGAGCAACUUCGAGGCCUGGAGCAACUUCGGGUUCGCCGGGAAAAGCGGGAACGCAGGAGAACCAUCCAUACCUUCCCCUGCUUGAAGGAGCUGUGCACAAGUCCCCGCAGAUGUGAGGAUGCCUUCCGCCUACACAGUUCCUCGAUGGAGCUGGGACCUCGGCCGCUGGAGCAGGAAAACGAACGACUGCAGACCUUGGUUGGGGUGCUCCGUUCCCAGGUGAGCCAGGAGCGACAGCGCAAGGAGCGAGCAGAACGUGAGUACACGGUGGUGCUCCAGGAGUACACGGAGCUGGAGCGACAGCUGUGUGAGAUGGAGGGCUGCCGCCUGCGCGUGCAGGAGCUGGAAGCCGAGUUGCUGGAGCUGCAGCAGAUGAAGCAGACCAAGACCUACCUGCUGGCCCGGGAUGAGCACCUGGCUGAGGCUUUGCUGGCACCCCUCACUCAGGCUCCUGAGGCUGAUGACCCCCAGCCAGGCAGUGGAGAUGACUCUAAUGCCCAGGAUGGUGUCUCCUCGCCUGCAGCUUCCCCCAGCCACACCGUGCGCAAGAGCUGCAGUGACACAGCACUCAAUGCCAUAGUGGCCAAAGACCCAGCCAGCCGCCAUGCUGGCAACCUCACUUUGCAUGCCAACAGUGUGCGCAGGCGCGGUAUGUCUAUCCUGAGGGAGGUGGAUGAGCAGUACCACGCGCUGCUGGAGAAAUACGAGGAGCUGCUAAGCAAGUGUCGGCAGCAUGGUGCCGGGGUGCGGCACGCGGGGGUGCAGACCUCACGACCCAUCUCCCGGGACAGCUCGUGGAGGGACCUACUGGGGGGCGAGGAGAGCCAGGGAGAGGGCAAGGCUGGUGAGAAGAGCCUAAGCCAGCACGUGGAGGCUGUGGAUAAGCGCCUGGAGCAGAGCCAGCCGGAGUACAAGGCACUCUUCAAGGAGAUCUUUGCCAGGAUCCAGAAGACCAAGGCCGACAUCAACGCCACCAAAGUCAAGACACACAGCAGCAAGUGACCCCUCUCUAGGCCUGUAGCCUCUCUCUGCCUCCCCACCAGAGGGGUCUCUCGUGCCUGGAUGGCAGCCCCUUGGCAAGUGAGAAAGCCCUUUACGCAGCAAUAUAUCUUAGCAGGUGGCUGGAGCAUGCGCAGAGAGGCCUUACUGAUCUGGGGACAUAGUGGAUUUCCUGCCGGUGGCUCGGCUCACCUGUUCUGCCUCCCUUGGCCACUUUGCUUCAGCUUAAAGGCACAGCUCAGUUUAAAAGCCAAACACACUCCCCACCCCGCCACAGCCACCCCAACCACUGUCCCUGGGGGCUUUUCAGCUCCCUCAAUCCUGGGCUUCUGGAUCCCAGGCCUCACCCUCAGAUUACCACCCAUCUUCUGCAAGCCUUUCUGGCUUUGCCCUCCAAAGUUGCUUUGUUUGUUUGUUUGUUUUUCUGAGAGAUUUGCAAUGCAAGGCCUCCUGAAGCCUUGUCACAACUGGAAACACUUGAAAGGGGACCUCAGAUCCAACCAUGGCUGGUCUGGGGUCUCCUAGACCAUCCACUGCUUCUUGCCAGUCCUGACUGUCAUUCCCUUAGCACCAGCUAUACCAUUCCCAGAAUUCUGAGCAGGCCACUGUCGCGACCGCCUUGAACGACGACGCAACCCGAGAGCUCUUCUUUAAGCAGUUUAUUCAGGAACCUUGAACAAUCUUCUGACCCCUGGGGCAACACCUUAGGCCCUUAAAUGUUCUAUACUGAGCCUAUCCCAUUGGGCCACGUGGCGAGUGUAGAUAGGCCACCAGAAAGUGGAAACGAGCCAAGCUAGGACUUGUUUAAGAGAGCGCCCACUUGCUAGAAAGCGGAACCAGGCGCCAUCUUGGGGCGCAGCUCUAGCGGCUCUCCACAGGCCACAGAUAGCUCAAGCUUUAGCCAGGCUCGAGUGUAUCCCCUCCAGCCCUGGCCAAGGUCUUCAGCUCACCACAGAUCUGUAGCCAACCUGAAUAGAGGAAGAGGGAGCCCCUCAACAGCCAUACAAGGGCAGUGUCCCUUUCCUUGUAGAGCCGAGUUCAAUUCCUAGAAUUACCUUCUGGGCAUGAAGCCUUCCAGGGGCUCCAAUGGUAGGGAGUCCCCACCCCCACCCCGAGCCUGUGAACCACCUUUGCUUUCCUUCCUUUCUCUGCGCCUGCCCCCAUCUCAGGGACCAUGAUGUCUCAUCCAGUCCUCUCUUCCUCAGGCUACCCUGGGACAGUUCACAUCUGCAGCCUUCAGAAUGUCUUGUAUGAGUGUCACCAACCCAGGUCCAAGUGUUCAUUCCCGCCCUUCACCAGGGACUGUAGGAUCCUUACUUGUUUUGUUUGGUUGGGUUUUGUUUUGGGUUUUUUUGUUUUGUUUUGUUUUUGAGACAAGCUUUCUCUGUAUAGCCCUGGCUGCCCUGGAACUUGCUCAGUGGACCAGGCUAGCCUCCAACUCAGAUCCUCCUGCCUCUGCCUCCCAAGUGCUGGGAUUAAAGGUGUGAUCUACCACUGCCGGGCCCUCAUGUUCCGUUGUGUUCUUAAGUUGAGGAAGAAAUGUCUUUUUAUCCACCUUUCUACAGAAUGCCUGCUCUUUACCUCCCACCUCUAGAAGGGUGGCUUUUGAGGUCCCACCUGGGUCAGGGGGUCAGUAUUUUAGUCUAAAACUUCAGAGAGUCAAGCAUCAUCUAAGACAUGCCCAGGGUCCCGGCUUGCCCUCAGCAGUCCCUCAGGGCUUCUGGUUCCUUAACGCCACCCUUCCCAAGAUUCUAGAAAUCCAAGGAGCCAGUGACUGUGGCCUCAGUGCUGGGAGCCCAGUAGGAACCGUCAUGCCUUAUCUCCUUCUAAUGGGUAAAGGGGCUUUCUUAUCAAGCAUGGCUGACAUCCUGGAGAGGCUACGCCGUUCCAGGUGGCACUGGGAUGGCAGCUGGAUCCUUCUGUUCACACGACUUGGAAUCUUUCGUCCUUUGAGGCUGGGCACCCCCAGACCAUCUGUGUCCCUGUUAUCUGGGGAUAGGGGAGGAAUUCAGGCCUGUUCACUUGCCCAGUUCUGUAGCAGCUGGUCAGCAUCACCUUUGAAGUAUACACAAGAGAAAUAUAUUUACAAAUGCUUUAUUCUCUUCUUUAAUAAAAAAUGCACCAGUAUUCUAAAAGCA